AUGUAUUCAUUCGAUCGCAGACGCGUGAAUGGACCUGAGAACACCUAUCCACCUGCCUAUGAAUCCACCAAAGAGGCUCCGUCGCCCACUCGAAGACAGGGAAGAAAACCACACAAUAUAAGACCCUUUGUGUUCCUCAAAGUUGGGCUAAUCACUCAGGCCCACGGCUCAGCCUAUAUAGAGACUGAGAAACUAAAGAUCGCUUGUGCAGUUUAUGGACCACGUCAGAACAAGAAUUCACCCUAUACUCAACAAGGUGCCUUGAAUGUAGAAGUUAAAAUUGUUCCUUUCGCUACUAAAAGACGUCGGAUCCCGAUAAAGGACGUAGAAGAUCGAUCUUUAUCCAUGCAAAUACACCAAUGUCUCGCACCAUCCCUCCGUCUAGACCUCUUCCCCAAAUCUAUCAUCGACGUAUUCAUCACCGUUCUAGAAAUGGACGGCGAAGCCUCCUGCAUCGCGUCAGGCUCGAUAGCAGCCAGUGCAGCUCUCGCAGACGCAGGCAUCGAAAUGUUCGGUCUCGUCGCCGCUUGUUCAGCUUGUACUUUUCCUUCUCCCUCUCGAGAUGGCGGAGGAUCGUCGCACCCUCCAAGGAACGACGACGACACGACAAGGAUGGAUGAAGAUGAUCAAGCUGACCAUCAUUGGAAGGGGGUUUGGUUGGAUCCCAAUGAAGAGGAGGGCAGUUUGGCUUCAGGGACGGUCGUCAUGGCUUGUAUGCCUGCCUUAGGGACUGUAACGAACCUCAAACAGUCUGGGUGUAUGACAUCUGUCCAAGUAUCAUCCUGCUUGGAGCUCUGCAUGAAACAAUGCGCUGACAUUCACCUUGUAAUCUCAAAAACCCUGUUGGAGUCCGCUCGGGCCCGACAAGUGGCUUCAACACCUGCAGAGAAAGCUUGAAUCCGUGUUAUUUUCUUCGCGCUUCACUGACACAUGCAGAAGACAAUUACUUGUCGAACGCAAAGCGACUGACAAUAUCAAAUGUUGAAUGAAUAUAUUGCACUGUUUUGAUGACAGUGAUAUUUUAUAGUCAAACAGGCCUGCUUAGAC